UAGGCUGACGCCACAGCACUCACGCUAGCCCAGGCAACAGAGUAAGACUCUCAAAAAAAAAAAGAGGAGUCCCUUCUGGGUCUUGAGCAGCCUACCUUGGAGGUUUGGGGGCAGGAAAAAGGGGGGUCUACUGAGCAUUGUCUUCCAUGGCCUGCCUGCAUCUGUGUGGAUCCUCCCAGACCCCCUAAGCUCCUCUUCCCAAGGGGCCAGGUCAUUUCCACCACAUGCCAUGGUGAGCACCAGGACAAGCCAACUUCACAGCCCUGGGCCUUGACCCUCUCCAUGUGGGUGAGAUUCGGGGAGGUGACGCAGGCUUAAGGCUAAUGCCUAUGGCAAAACUUUCUCAGGGAGUCAGGCUCCAGACCAGCCCCUGGGCCCUGAGAGCAGUGCAGCAAGACCACCUGGUCUCAGCAUGGUAACUUUGGAGGCUAAGCUGAGGGACACAGUGAUUAAGGAAGAUGGGAUAACCUGAAUGCAGAUCUGAACUCCAUUGCAUACUGGUGGGUAGCUUGGAGCAAGCGACUUCACCUCUUUGAGCACCAGUUUCUUCCUCUGAACAAUGGAGGAAUAAGUGUGACUACCUCACAGGAUUGGAGUGAGGAUUAAAUAAGACAAAGGCACCCACAAGUGAGUGUCAUGGCUGCCAGAGGAGUUGGCCCCUGGACCUGGAAUCAAGGACCUCCUGCCCCCUGAGGUCUGCAGUCUCCUGAACCCGGCAGCCAUCUACGCCAACAAUGAGAUCAGCCUGCGCGAUGUAGAGGUCUAUGGCUUUGACUACGACUACACGCUGGCCCAGUACGCAGAUGCACUGCACCCCGAGAUCUUCAAUGCUGCCCGUGACAUCCUAAUUGAGCACUACAAGUACCCAGAGGGGAUUCGGAAGUAUGACUACAACCCCAGCUUUGCCAUCCGUGGCCUCCACUACGACAUUCAGAAGAGCCUUCUGAUGAAGAUUGAUGCCUUCCACUAUGUGCAGCUGGGGACAGCCUACAGGGGCCUCCAGCCUGUGCCAGACGAGGAGGUGAUCGACCUCUAUGGGGGCACCCAGCACAUCCCACUGUACCAGAUGAGCGGCUUCUAUGGCAAGGGCCCCUCCAUCAAGCAGUUCAUGGACAUCUUCUCACUGCCGGAGAUGGCACUGCUGUCCUGUGUGGUAGACCACUUCCUAGGCCACGGCCUGGAGUUUGACCAAGCACACCUCUACAAGGACGUGACGGAUGCCAUUCGAGAUGUGCAUGUGAAGGGCCUCAUGUACCAGUGGAUUGAGCAGGACAUGGAGAAGUACAUCCUGAGAGGGGACGAAACGUUCGCUGUCCUGAGCCGCCUGGUGGCCCAUGGGAAACAGCUGUUCCUCAUCACCAACAGUCCUUUCAGCUUUGUGGACAAGGGGAUGCGGCACAUGGUGGGCCCCGAUUGGCGCCAACUCUUCGAUGUGGUCAUCGUCCAGGCGGACAAGCCCAGCUUCUUCACUGACCGGCGCAAGCCUUUCAGAAAACUGGACGAGAAGGGCUCACUGCAGUGGGACCGUAUCACCCGCCUGGAAAAGGGCAAGAUCUAUCGGCAGGGAAACCUGUUUGACUUCCUGCGCUUGACAGAGUGGCGUGGCCCGCGCGUGCUCUACUUCGGAGACCACCUCUACAGUGACCUGGCGGAUCUCAUGCUGCGGCACGGCUGGCGCACAGGCGCCAUCAUCCCCGAGCUGGAGCGCGAGAUCCGCAUCAUCAACACGGAGCAGUACAUGCACUCGCUGACGUGGCAGCAGGCACUCACGGGGCUGCUGGAGCGCAUGCAGACCUAUCAGGACGCGGAGUCGCGGCAGGUGCUGGCCGCCUGGAUGAAGGAGCGGCAGGAGCUGAGGUGCAUCACCAAGGCGCUGUUCAACGCACAAUUUGGGAGCAUCUUCCGCACCUUCCACAACCCCACCUACUUCUCUAGGCGCCUCGUGCGCUUCUCCGACCUCUACAUGGCCUCCCUCAGCUGCCUGCUCAACUACCGCGUGGACUUCACCUUCUACCCGCGCCGCACACCCCUGCAACACGAGGCACCUCUCUGGAUGGACCAGCUGUGCACUGGCUGCAUGAAGACACCCUUCCUCGGCGACAUGGCCCACAUCCGCUGAGGGCACCUUUAUUGUCGGGGCAGGCGCCCAGCCCCUCCUGCCCCGUCAUCCAUUCUGGGUGUCUGUCCAGACAAGUAAUAAAAGUGAUCUCCUUCCUGCA